AUGACCACUCGAACAUUUCACGGCUUUCCGCUCCUUCCCGGCGAGAUCCGCAACCAAAUCUGGGACCUCGUCGUACGCCCUGCCAACUAUCGGGGCGUUCACUACUUCUCGAUACUGGAACUCGAGUUGCAGGAGGCGAGCGAAACCUUUGCCAGCCAACUCAUAUGGGGCGACGCGUACAACUCACUCGGUGCGACUUGGUUGACCGACGACGGCUUAUCAUCACUCGGCCGGGCCCCCAGCAACCCGUCGACGUACGCCAUUGACUGGGGCCUCUGGACGGCAUGCAAAGAAUCGCGCUCGUUCAUGUGCCACCGGUACGGCGUCGCGAAAUGGGCCGACUUCCUGCGUAGGCAACAAGAAAAGGAAGAGAGAGAUCAACAACAGAAAGAGCUUCGCCGAGAAAAACCUGGUUCAGAGGAGAUACCGGCAACUUUCGCCCUGAAAAACGAGGAUUGUUUUCACUCGCUCGCUCUCUUUCCCAGGUAUGACCUGAUAGCGCUGCAGCUGAACGGGAACUACUGGCUCUUCGGUAUGGCUCUGCGGAGAUUAGCUUUCAGGUCAAGGAUACUUGACCUUACGGACAUCUAUCACGUCGCCAUUGAGUUUGAUCCAUCUUGGAGUGUGAACGAACUCGAGCAAUAUCAAAGAGAAGUAGAAGGCGAGAUUGAAGGCGAAGAGGACCGAUUAGACCCCAAACUCUACGAUACGUACGAUAAUCUGGUCGACAUCAGGAGGAGGGGAAUACGGGAUAGAACUACCCUGUGGUUUAUCGAUAACAGUCUCCGUCGAAAAGCGGCUGUCGUAGAUGAAGGAUGUACGGAUCUGGGUCCAAGACCAUCUGCGCAAUUCGUUUUCGAGGGUCAAGACUACAGAUACUUUGGGAUGCCAUACUACAGUAUCAUGGACUUGUGCGAAUAUGACGAAGAAGUCAAAGGAGAGAAUAAUGCCGUCUAUUUCCUCCCGACGUUAGAAGAGAUUGCUAUGAAACAAGAGGCAGUGGACAUGCGACUGGAUGUGGAGGAAGAUGCUUAUGAACUAUGGAUGUACCUUGGCGGGAGUGUCGGCUUGUUGGCACGAGAGCCUCUCUAA